AGGGAGUCCCUAUUUUUUUGCAGAAGGUGGACAGACGCGCUCCCGGGAGGCAGCCGCCGGGGGCAGGGAGCAGGAAUCGGGUCCCCAUCCUGCAAACCUCUGGCCACGGGAGCAGCCGGGAGGGGAGCGGGUGCUGGUGUUGGUAUGGCCAGCCCCCGGCCUCCCAAAUACCUCCUCGUCUUUGACUUCGACGAGACCAUCAUCAACGAGAACAGCGAUGACUCCAUCGUCCGGGCGGCGCCGGGGCAGGCGCUCCCCGAGCACAUCCGACAGACCUUCCGCGAGGGCUUCUACAACGAGUACAUGCAGCGCGUCCUGGCGUACAUGGGGGACCAGGGGGUCAAGAUGGGGGACUUCAAGACUGUCUACGAGAACAUCCCCCUGUCCCCCGGCAUGCCAGACCUCUUCCAGUUCCUCUCCAAAAACCACGAGCUCUUCGAGAUCAUCCUCAUCUCGGAUGCCAACAUGUUUGGCAUCGAAUGCAAUCUGAGGGCAGCCGGUUUCUACUCCCUCUUCCGCAAGAUCUUCAGCAACCCGUCCAGCUUUGACAAGAGGGGGUACUUCACCUUGGGGCCCUACCACAGCCACAAGUGCCUUGACUGCCCGGCCAACAUGUGCAAACGCAAAAUCCUAACCGAGUACCUGACGGAGAGAGCCCAGGAGGAGGUGGAGUUCGAGAGGGUCUUCUACGUGGGAGAUGGUGCCAAUGACUUCUGCCCUUCCGUGACUUUGACUUCAGCUGAUGUGGCUUUCCCGCGGAAGGGCUACCCCAUGCACCGGAUGACCCAAGAGAUGGAGAGGAAGCAGCCUGGAGCCUUCCAGGCCGCUGUUGUCCCCUGGGAGUCAGCUGCAGAAGUUGCCCGCUAUCUCCAGGAGGUCCUCAAGAAGAAGUGUUGAGGGUGGCUCGGAAGAGACUUGCUUACUCGAAGCAG